AUGUUCAAGUCGUCAAGAACCGUAUCCAAGGUUCGGCUUCUGUUCCAGAGAUCCGUUUCAUACAAUCUCCCCUCUAUUCGUCUUUUGGACUCGCUCAAAUCAACAGAAAGUGAUCUUCCUGGAUUGUUUUCCAACAAAACCAUCAAUGAGUUGUGGUACAACAGAGGCCAGGCUUUAGUCGACAACCUCAAUGCUCAAAUCAUCAAGAACAAUGUCGAAAACGCUCCUGCCAAUUUGGAAGAGUUGAUCAAGGUCUCGUUCUCCAAGAAUGACUUGAAUGCUCUCUUCACAAAUGCAUCCCUUUUGCACAACUUACAAUUCUUCCUAGAAUCGUUAAAAACUAACGAAGAUCGCUCAUUUUCGAAGGCUCAAAUUUCAGCUCUUCUCAAGACACCCAGUACAUCCAUUAAGGUCGAGAAUGCUCCUCAGGAUGAGUCUUUGGCGGAGUGGAUCAACGACUCUUUCGGGUCUAUGGUCGAGUUCAAGACUUUGCUUCUCAACUCUGCUGCCAGCAUCAAGGGUGAUGGCACCACAUGGUUAGUUGCGCAGGCAACCUACUCCGAAAGUGCUAUGCGUGAUGGUGCUAGCACUGGUGUAUCUUUCGACACUUUGGCAAUAGUCAACACUUACAACGCCGGAAUCGUGGAUGAUUCUAUGAGAUCCGGCCAGGUCACAAAGAUGAAGCAUCAAAAGCAAUUGAAAUUGGAUGCUGCUAACAGAAGGGACCAAGAGCGCAAGGAAAUGGCUGCAGGUGAGGUGCAAGAGCAAGGGCAAGCGGUAGAGGAAGUCGUCCAGGAGACACAGAAGCGCUCAAUCUCUGCUGAUGAGAAUGCUCUAGGAUCAGUUGAAGAGGCAGAAGAGGUCAUGCUUUUCUCAGACCGCAAGUUGGUUCCUCUUCUUGCCAUUGAUGCUUCGAUGAGGGCUUAUUUGGAGGACUAUGGUAUUUACGGCAAAAGACAGUAUUUGGAAAAUGUUUGGCAUUGUGUCGACUGGGAUGUUGUUGCCAGCAGAACUCCUAAGAGAUUCAAGCCAUCGAUGGUCUUUGAGUACUAA